AUGGCCUGCUUUCACUGGCCAGAAUUUUUCCUCAAAAGCUCGAACAUGCCUUCGCACAAGUCGUUCCGUACCAAGACCAUCCUCGCCAAGAAGAUGAAGCAGAACCGCCCGAUUCCCCAGUGGAUUCGCCUCAAGACGGGCAACACGAUCCGCUACAACGCCAAGCGCCGCCACUGGCGCCGCACCAAGCUCGGCUUGUAA